ACUCAUAUAAACUACUCACUUUUCGAGCUCCAAAAAUAAUCCUUUCAAAGCUCGAUCAAUCACUAGCUCAUUUCAACAUCCUAAAACCCUAAAAAAGAAAGCGAAAACAAUGUCAACACCACCAACUGUAACACAAAUCCACCAUCUCCCACAAUCAACUUACAUCGAUUCCGUCCGUUUCCUGCCACCACUUUCAGCAUUCGAUCGAUACAUCAUUCUCGCAUCUUUCAAUUCCGAUUCCAACCAACCUUCUAUCCAAACCCAUUCCUUAAACCCUAAUCCAAACACCCCCUCACCAUCUCUUUCCUUAAUUUCUUCAUUCCCAUUACCUUCAAGAAUCACUUCUUUAGAAGUUUCACAAAAUACCCACCAAAACCCUUUAAUUGCUGCUUCCACUUUUUCCGGGUCGAUUCAUGUUUUGUUUCCCAACCCGGUUGAUGCCGGGUUUGAGUCAGAGGUUUCGGUCCCGGAGAAGGUGCUGCAUAAUGGGCCGGUUUCGGCUUUGGAUUUGCAGGAGAAUGGAUUGGGGUGUGUGAGUGUUGGAGAAGAUGGGAGGGUGAAUUUGAUUAGUGUUGGGGAUUCGGGUUUGGAUUAUAGAAGGGUUUUUGAUAGUAAAGGAUUGGUUUCAUAUAGUGCCGUGAAAUGGGGUUCGACUGUUGAGUUUGCUACUGGUGGAUUUGGGAAUUCUGUUCAGUGGUGGGAUCAGAGGAGACCCGGUGGGCCUGUUUCGCAACUUAAAAGCAACUGGACCCAAGGAGCUACUUCCGGGAUUGUGCAUUCUAUUGAUAUUCAUCCAUCACGAAAGCACACAUGUCUGACAGGAGGCUCUUAUGGUACUGUAUUUGCAUGGGAUCUUCGAAGGCCUCAACAGCCGAUAGUUCUUUCAGGAAUCGAUACUAGUGAGACAACGCCUUGUAUAUCUGAAAGUGAUGUGUGGGAGGUUCAAUAUGACACUUUUAUGAGCGCUUCAAAUCAUGCUAAUAUCUCAUCUGAACGUGUCUUACCUGCCAUGAUAUGCUCUGAAGACGGUAUUCUUGCUGUUAUUAAACAAGGUGAAGAACCUAAUGAGUUACUGGCUGAAAACUGUGCUAUCAACAGCUUUGACAUUGACCGACAAAACCCCUCAGAUGUGAUAUGCAGUUUGGAGUGGGAGUCCAUUGCUAUCUUGACGAGAGCAUAGCUUUAGAAGGUCAUUAUGAAGUAACUCUGUCAUUCUUUUUUUAUAUAUUAGUAUGUUUGAUGAAGUUGAAGGGGAUUCCCAGUAACUCUUGUAACUAAUAGAUUCGUUAAUCAUACUGAAUAUUUGUUGGCAUAAUUGACCAUAGGCAAGAAUGAAAUAUCCUUAUUUUCUAAA